UCUCUCUCUCCUCCAACCUCCAAGCCUAUUUCCAUUUCGCCCCGAACCAACCUAUGAGUGGCUGGCUGACUGGCUGCAACUGGUGUGAUGAAGCUUGUAUCCUCUGCUUCUGCUCUGCUGUCCGCAGCUACUCCCACCUCAUUUCCUAACAAGAUUGACCAAAUUUCUGAACUUGCUGCUGUAACAACAUUCCAUCACACCUUCAGAAGUGGUUCAGUGCCAAAUACGAGAAGUUCCCGUAAAUUCAAUCCAUGGUCCCUCUCAAGCUCGGCAGCGCCAUUUCUGCUCUAUGCAACAAAAAACCCAAGAGGGUUUGGUCCGGCAGUACCCUCUAAGAAAACCAGCAAGAGCAAGAAGAAACCAAAGACGCUAACCUACGAAGAUGACGAGGAUGAAGAUGGUGGAGAUGGACAGGAGGAAUCCAGCAAGGAUUCCGAUGUCAUACCGGAGAUAGUCACCAACAGGAUGAUCAACCGGAUGGGAUUGUCUGUUGGGAUACCUUUGUUCAUCGGGCUGUUGUUCUUCCCCUUUUUUUACUAUCUCAAGGUCGGGCUGAAGAUUGACGUGCCCACAUGGGUUCCCUUCAUUGUCUCCUUCUUCUUCUUUGGGUCUGCCUUGUUAGGGGUGACUUAUGGGAUUGUCUCUUCUAGUUGGGAUCCCUUGAGGGAAGGCUCUCUUCUGGGUUGGACUGAAGCUCAGAAGAACUGGCCCGUCUUCUGGAGCUCUAUCUGGGGCAAUAGGUCUUCUGGCAACAAAUAGAGCUGCUCAUCGAGCGAGAGCUGAUGGGGAA